GUCAGAAGAGUAGUGCAGCAGCAGAGGCUCGCUGUUGCUGCUCUCCGGAGCUGGAAACAUCUCAAUAUAUUUGUGUUAUACCUCUGUAGAUAAUAGAAGUUAACAGAUUUGGAAAGUUUGACUUUGACAGUUAACGUUAGACGGAAGUGAGGCUUUAAUUUGUAGCACUUUUUAAUUUGGACUGAAAACAAACUGCAUGUUUUGCUACAAUCAGUUAUUUUUUUUUUAAUUAUUUAUAGCAAGAUGUUCUUUAUACUUUAUUAUAAGGGGUAUUUUAUAUUGAGGCGCAAGAAGAAGAAGAAGAAGAAGUGGCGCAACAGCAACACUAGUCGAUUGUGACAGCAUGGCCACGACUGCAGAUGGCUGCAUUCAAUUCACGCGCCAUGCAGGCGACGUCCUGCUCAACUUUAACCGCCUCCGCAGCAGGAACAUCCUGACUGAUGUCACCAUACAGGUGGACGGACAGCAUUUCCACGCUCACAAAGCCAUCCUGGUGGCCUGCAGUGGCUUCUUUUAUUCUGUGUUCAUGGACCCCAAGAACACAAACCUCAGUGCCAUCAGCUUGGACCCCAAAGUGGACCCCAAGGGUUUUUCCAUCCUGCUGGACUUCAUGUACACGUCCUGUCUGGACCUUAAGGACAGCCUGGUCCUGGCCACCAUGCACACAGCCAUCUACCUCCAGAUGGAACAUGUGGCCGACACCUGCAACAGGUUCAUCAAGUCCAGGCAUCCGAUUGAAGAGGCACAGAUCAGCUCAUCACAUCUGGCUGAGGAGAUCCCUGCUUUGAGGCCUGUUGAUGAGAAAGAGCCAGACUUUAGAAGCAACCACAUGUCGACCUCAUCCCCUCUCCAGGAGUGCAGGGGCUACAUCCCCAACAUUUUCAGGGGGAUCAACACCUCUGGCUCCUAUCACGUCUAUGGCGACCACCACGUCACUUCUGGGAAGCUGGAAGGAUCCCAUAAGGUCAGCGACCUUCCCAGUGGAGGGGCUUUGUCCCAGAACCGAUGCUCGCAGGUACCCAGCGCCAACAUGGCUCACAACGAGUCCACCACCAUCGUCUCCCACCCUGUGCCAUCCCACCCCAGCUUCCCCACCGCCAUCAUCCGACCCGCAGGAGCCCACGGGAGCCUCCAAACGUCCGUGUCUCCCAUGGAGGAAGACGGUUUUCAGCAUCCGCAGACCAGCUGCCUGAGAUUGUCUCCAGGUUUUAGCAAAGGUGUGAUCUGCACCCCUCAGAGCCCCCUCAGAUCUGACUGCCAGCCCAACUCGCCCACCGAGUCCAACAGCAGCAAGAACGCCACGCUGAGCCUCGGACAGCCCUCCGACUGCCCCAAAGACGCCAAGGCCCGCAACUGGAAGAAGUACAAGUUGAUCGUUAUGAACCAAACUCCCGAGGAGAGUGAGAAGGAGGCUCAGGGAGGCAGCGCCGAAGCUAUAGCCAUGUCCCCGACACUGAGCCCCUGCAGGAGCAGUGCAGCCGGUGGACACCACGAGGUCCAGGCAGAAGACGGAGCCAGCGAGCAGAGAGAAGAAAACCUAAUGUCUCAGAGUCUCGACAGCUGCGGUAGCAGCACCUGUAGCAGCAUCAGCUACCGCAGAUGCUCCUCCUGUGGUUGCGACAGCUCUCAGUGCAUGGAGAUGGGUCACCUUUCUCCUGACUCGUACGGCCGAGAUGACGCCACCAAACUACACUCUGAGUAUUCCUCCUCCGGCUGUGAAAACAACAUCUACUUCUGCAACGGGUGCGAGUGCAAGUUCACAGACGAGGACUCCCUGAAGGAGCACAUGGCUCAGGUGCACAGCGACAAGCCGUACAAGUGCGACUGCUGCCAGGCUGCCUUCCGCUACAAGGGUAACCUGGCCAGCCACAAGACCGUUCACACCGGUGCGAAGCCCUACCACUGCAACAUCUGCGGCGCUCAGUUCAACCGGCCGGCCAACCUCAAAACCCACACCCGCAUCCACUCUGGAGAGAAGCCAUACAAGUGUGAGACAUGCGGCUCCAGAUUUGUUCAGGUGGCCCAUCUUCGCGCACACGUGUUGAUUCACACAGGAGAGAAGCCCUACCCUUGUGAGAUCUGCGGGACUCACUUCCGCCACCUUCAGACGCUUAAGAGCCACAUGCGCAUUCAUACCGGAGAGAAGCCGUAUCAUUGUGAAAAAUGUGACCUCCACUUCAGACACAAGAGUCAGCUGAGGCUUCACCUGCGACAGAAGCACGGCGCCGUCACCAACACCAAGGCUCAGUACCGCCGGACUCCCAGCAACGCCAUCGCAGGCCUGGUGAACUCCUGCUGAGCAGUCCCGCUGUGUGUCAUGUUUUCCUCUCGCGUCUGCCGCCACGUUGUCAAAAGAUUUUUUAUUUUUUACAAACAGAAAACAUAAAUAUUAUAUAUAUAUAUAUACUGUAUAUGUUUUAUGCAUUUGUAAAUGAUGCACAUUACUUUAUGUAAGCUCUUUGGUAUUUCAAAGAUUGUAGAAGUUUAUGCUUUCGUUGUGAAUGUCUAACAACAGAAUGUAUUUUGAAUGUGAGCAGGCAUUUUCUCCGUGUCGCAAAUCACUUAUUAACAGAAUGUCAGCAUUGAAGGACAGUCCUCUUUUCUCAUUCGGAUGGAGAAGUCACUGUUACAGUUGUGCUUUAGAUGUUGGAUGUUGGUGUGAAUUUGCCUCCAGCAAUGUGGUCACAGUUUAUGCAGUUAUUUUUUCAUUAGGUUAUUUGUUUGUAAAUAAGAUAAUAUAUAUUUUCAGAUUGCCAUCUGCUGGCAGAGUACAAAUAUAUUUACGUUAAGUUUGUCAAUAACACAAGGGCUUGUUGUUUUGCCAUUUCAAAGUUUGUGGUACGUAUUGUACAGAUUAUCAUUCAUUUAAAAAAAAAAAAAGAAAUGCUAUGUACAUAUAUUGUUUUUUCAAUCAUUUCUAGCCUGUUGGUAUUUUGCACAUAAUGCUGUAAUUCAUAUAUUUUCAUACUUUUCAUCAAAUAUUUCUACUUAAAAUGUUCUUGAAAUUGUUUGUCAGACCCCGUGCCCAGCACUUGCUAUUUUCUUAUUUAUAUUCUCCUUUUUCUUUGCUGUAUUCUAUUACAUUUUUGGUGCUGCAAUGAUCCAUGCUCCCCAGCUGGGUCAUUAAAGUUUGAUUGUAUUUUAUCCAACCGUAUGUAUUAUAGUGCACUCGUACGAACCAGUGUAUUAAUAGUGCCUUACAUUCACACUUCUCUAUUUGCUACGUACCCAGAUUAACUAUUAAUGCUUUAUAACUUUGACUAUAUGAAAGCCCCGGUAGUUUUAAACUGCUGUUGUGGUGCAUUUCACAUUUGGUACAUUGCCCUGUUGUCGUGUGUGUGCAUGUCUGGUACUGUUGUUUUGGAAGCUGAUUAUCUGUUGAGUGUAGCUCUUAAAAUGCAGACGCACCAGGCCUCAAGCUAAAAAAUGCUCAGGAAUAUUAGAUAUAUGUAAGCAAAUGUCUUUGUAACUGCAGAUUAUAUAUAUGAAAUAUAUAUAUGACAUGAAAAUAAAAAAUGUAUUAUGUA